AUGCAAACAAUAGCAACAAGAAAAAGGUGUAAACUUCCCAGAGCAGUCCCGGAUUUUGAAAAUGUGAUAAAGAGGUUAUUGUGUGCCUGAACUUUUCGCACAAGAAUUGGAGGAGAUUUAACACAAGGAAUAAUAAACAGAGGAAGGCUGGCUAAUGCAGAGCAGAUGGGCCUGCAGGGCAGCACUAAGCAUUUCAACAUCUUUCCCCGGGACCUUUGGACUCCAGAUGACUGAAUGCUGGUGUCUUUAGCUAAAAAUAAAGUGAAUGCCAUUGGGGAAGUCACAAAUAUGACUUAUUUGAUUUUGGGGGUGAUUGAUGGACUAAAGUUUUUAAGAACCCACAUGUGUCCACCUCCAGGAUGGAGGAAGGAGGCAGACACCACUAUUGCUGCUGCCUCCCCAAGGGUGGUGGGCACAGGGCCUGUUGACCUGACAGAUCCUGCUCAGGUCAUCCUACUCAUUUCCCGUCAGGUGCUCAGAGCCGCUCCUGCUCCCAGGCUCUGGUGCCUCAAGGCCACUGAAGUUCAGAGGCAAGACAUGACUGACUCAAUCCCAGUUACUGGCAGA